CUGGCUGCUUUCGCUGUGGACGGACGCGCUGUUGCGACACUCUUCCAGCUCUCCGGGGGGUGUCCAUGCGUACUUCCGCCCCGUAGCCUACUGCGCUUGCAAAUCGGCCCCCACUCACUCGCCCCCCACACCCCAUCCCACCCCACCCACCCCGGUCCCUCCUCAACCCGUGGUAUCGUCCGACGCUCAAGGAGAAGGAGAGCGCAGUUGUUGGCUGCAGGUCGCUCGGAGAGUGACGCACACGGCGGCUGAGGACACAACACUAGAACCCGUCUCUAUUCUGUCUCUACUGCUCAGAGUGCGAGUCCGAUCCUCUGCUCAUCUCUGCUGGCAUUGUCGCCAACUUGGGGGAAUACAAACAUCUUCGAAGAAUCAGUUUGAAAAGGACAGACGGCCCUCUAAGCCCCCUCCCCACACCCCAGUGAUGCUUAGCUGCUAUAUCCCAGAGGCCCACCUUGGCAGUUAGAGGAGAGGUCGUCACCAUGACAGCGUCCUCGCAGGACUCCACUCCCUCGUCUAUGGCCGGCCUCUUCCUGCUCCUCCUCUUCCCAGCUGUCUUCACGCAGAACUCUGCUGUCCCGACGACCCCGACCACGUCAUUGUUUGACCCGCUGACACAACUGGAGUGCACGAAGAAAGAGCACCCAAAGGUUUCCAUCCAAGCGCUCAGUCCGUGGAUCUCCAGUUUUUCCCAUCCGGGCGUGAGAGACUACUCCCAGCUCACCCUUGACCUGACUAGGAAUGAGCUUAUUGUGGGUGCCAGAAACUACCUGUUCAGACUGGACCUCAGUAACAUGUCACUGAUACAGGCGACAGAAUGGGCACCGGACGAGGAUACCAGGAGGUCCUGUCAGAGCAAAGGCAAAACAGAGAUUGAAUGUCAGAACUACAUCAGAGUCCUGCUGGUGAACAAGACCGAGGUCAUGACCUGCGGAACCAAUGCUUUCCAGCCACUAUGUAUUACCAGAGAGGUGGGCAACAUGAGCAGCGUGCUGGAGCGUCUGAACGGUGUGGCACGCUGCCCAUACGACCCUCGUCACAACUCUACAGCAGUGGUGACGGAGAGCGGAGAGCUGUAUGCCGCCACCGUCAUCGACUUCUCCGGCCGUGACCCAGUCAUAUACCGCAGCCUCGGUGGCAUGCCGCCUCUACGGACUGCACAGUACAACUCGAAAUGGCUUAAUGAGCCCCACUUCAUCUCAGCCUACGACAUUGGCCUCUUCACCUUCUUCUUCCUGAGGGAGAACGCAGUGGAGCAUGACUGCGGCAAGACAGUCUACUCCCGAGUGGCGCGAGUCUGCAAGAACGACAUCGGCGGGCGAUUCCUCCUGGAGGACACCUGGACCACUUUCAUGAAGGCGAGGCUCAACUGUUCCCGCUCCGGGGAGAUCCCAUUCUACUACAAUGAGCUGCAGAGCACCUUCUACUUGCCUGAGCAAGACCUCAUCUACGGCAUCUUCACGACCAAUGUCAACAGUAUUGCAGCAUCUGCGGUCUGUGCCUUCAACCUGAGCGCCAUCACCCAGGCCUUCAACGGGCCCUUCCGCUCCCAGGAGAAUCCUCGCUCCACCUGGCUUCCUACGCCCAACCCCAUCCACAACUUCCAGUGUGGUACAAUAAAUGAUGAGGGUCCCAAUGAGGGUUUGACGGAGCGCAGCCUGCAGGACGCCCAGCGGCUCUAUCUGAUGAAUGACGUGGUCCAGCCAGAGUCUGUAGAUCCGCUGGUCAUGCAGGAUGACGUUCGCUUCUCCAACCUGGUCGUGGACAUUGUUCAGGGCAUGGACACCCUCUACCAUGUUAUGUACAUCAGCACAGAAUAUGGCACCAUCUUAAAGGCACUGGCUACUCCCAAUAAGAACCUACAAGGCUGUUACUUGGAGGAGAUGGAGCUUCUCCCAUCUGGGGUGCGAGAACCAAUCCUGAGCCUGCAGAUCCUGCACAGCGACAGGUCGCUCUUUGUUGGGCUCAACAAUCGAGUCCUGAAGAUCCCACUGGAAAGGUGCUCCACCUACAAAACUGAGACGCUGUGUUUGGAGGCGAGGGACCCCUACUGUGGCUGGGACUUCAGGCAGCGCAGAUGCACCACACUGGAGGACAGCUCCAAUAUGAGUCAGUGGAAGCAGAACAUCACUGUUUGUCCGCUGCGGAACCAAACCACCAAUGGUGGCUUCGGACCCUGGGCGCCAUGGCAACCGUGCAACAAUGAUGAUGGUGUGGAUGGUGUGAGCUCCUGUUUGUGUCGCUCCAGGUCUUGUGACAGCCCUGCCCCUCGAUGUGGAGGCAAAAACUGUGAGGGCCCCACCAUUGAAGUCUCCAACUGCUCGAGAAAUGGAGGCUGGACGCCCUGGUCGUCAUGGGGACAGUGCAGCACAACCUGUGGUACAGGCUUCGAGCUGCGCCAGCGUUCUUGUAACAACCCCUCACCCCGACAUGGUGGCCGUGUGUGUGUGGGGCCGAGCAGAGAUGAGAGGUUCUGCAAUGAAGGGGUGUCCUGUCCUCAGCCUAUCUUCUGGUCCCCGUGGGGCUCCUGGACAAAGUGUAGCACAGAAUGCGGGGGAGGUGUCCACUCCAGGGUCCGCACCUGUGAGAAUGGCAACAGCUGCCCAGGAUGUGCACUGGAGUAUAAAGCCUGUAACCUUGAGGCGUGUCCAGAGGUAAAGAGGAACACACCUUGGACUCCCUGGAUGCCCGUCAAUGUGACUCAGGGCGGAGCUCGUCAGGAGCAGAGGAUGCGCUACAUGUGCCGGGCCCACCUGUCUGAUCCCCACGAGCUGCAGAUCGGACGCAGGAAGGUGGAGACACGCUUCUGUCCCAAUGAUGGUACAGCAGCCUGCGAGACCGAUACACUUGUCGAGGAGCUCCUGAAGACACCGGUGGUGAGAGUGGCGGGUGCCGGCUGGUCAUCAUGGGAAACCUGGUCAAGCUGCUCACAGAGCUGUGCCAAAGGCUACCGCACUCGUCGGCGAACCUGCGCCGGACCAGAAGGGAAGAGCGCCCCCGUUGCAUGCCGUGGCUCACCUGUGGAGUACCAGGACUGCAACGUCCAGGCAUGUCCUGUGAAUGGUGCAUGGUCCUGCUGGUCGUCCUGGUCUCAGUGCUCAGUGGGUUGCGGCGGUGGUCAUUACCAACGCACACGCUCCUGUAACAGCCCUGCACCCGCCAAUGGAGGGGCCAUCUGCCUAGGACUACACACUGAAGAGGCCCUGUGUAACACACACACUUGUGAUGAUGGUUGUGCGGCAAGAAGGGAGCAGAUGGUGGAGACAGAGCAGCCUGUCCGUGAGCACCAGACUGAUAGGAAAGGUGGCUGGAUGGCCUGGUCGCUGUGGUCAGCCUGUGAUGAUUCAGGCUUGCAGAUGAGGAGUCGGGUGUGUGGUGCUCAGGGCAACACCCCCUGUGUGGGAAACAGCACUCAGCGCAGAGACUGCAAUGAAAUACCUGUCAUUCUCCCUGCAUCUGGUUUUGAUAAGGACCAACACUGUGGAGCAUUCACCUCCAUCCACCUAAUAGCCACCGGUGUUUCCUGUUUCCUUGGGGCGGGGCUGCUGUCCUUCUUGAUCUACGUCUAUUGUCAACGUGUCCAUAAGCCUUCGCAGGAGUCUGCCAUCAUUCACCCUACCACCCCAAACCACCUUAACUACAAGGGCAACACCACGCCAAAGAAUGAGAAGUACACGCCCAUGGAGUUCAAGUUCUCCAAAAUCAGCAACUGCAUCCGUCUGCAAGUGUCAAACUCUGGACAGGUGUCCCUCCCUGCUGCCUCUCUGACUGAUCAGAGCAGACACUCAACAAGAACAACCUGCUACCAGAUGAAAGAUCCAACUUCUACCCAACACCGCUCCAGCAGACAAACGUCUACACGACCACCUACUAUCCCACAGCGCUUGGCAAAUAUGACUACCAGCCCAAUUCCUCCCCCUCGCCAUGCAGGACCUACAACCACAGCAACAACAGCUGAGACACGCCCCACAACUGGCUCUCUGAACCCCCCUGGCACUGCCCCAAACGGACACCACCCCAAUACAAUGGUGACAUAACUGAACCGACAUGAACCGAAACAUUUCUCAGAGCUCGGACAGGUUCGCCAUCGCCCCUCUCCUCGCUCCCAUAGUCUCUUCCACAUGGUAGGGUUUGUUUCCUCAAGGGCGUUUCUGGAACUUUCCAUCAGGAGAUGUGGGUUUGGACAACAAGGCCCUGUGUCCUGGUGUAUUCAAGGACAACCAGCUGGGGGUGUGUUAUUGUAAGGCUCUGACUGGAUAUAGCAGUGUCAACUCAGAGCUUCAUGUGGGGAUCCUGUGGAAAACUCUAGCAGGACGAGUUAUGGGUUUUGACAGAUUGUUAUGACCAGAACACCUCAGCGCAGGUGCUGAGUCAAGCAUCCGCUAUUCCAGAGACAAACAUGAACAGAACAUAAAAUAUAUAUAUAUUACAUUCCUCUGGACCUGGGUCACCAUUUCACGCCUCUCUAUUACUAACCACAUUCUCAGCCUGUAAUGAACUUGUGAGUCCGUAGACAACAAAAGCACUGAGAACAACUGAGAUCAAACGGCGCAUAUUGUUAUGUCCAGAACGGCACAGAGCAGGAGAACAACAACAAAAGAGUAAACUAAAUGAAGUCGAUGAUGAAAUAAAUUAGAGAUCAAUAUCAGCUAGGUUGUUAGGGGCGGAUGCACGCCCUCCAUUGUUGGUAUUUCAUGUGACAGAAAAGAUAAGAACUUCAGAGUUGAUUUUCAGACAUUUGGAAGAGUCACAAAGCUACAUCAGCCUGAGUUGGAGAAAUAUUCAAUAAAUCUGCUUAUGAUCAGAGUCAGACAACUUUUGAGGACAAGAGCGUUUACUCAUAAAGUCAGAGCAAAGGGGGAUUGUGGGAAGCGUUCUGAACUGUAUAUAAAGCUUUGGGAAUGCCUUGGGUGCCUGUAUGCAAUGGAGGGCAGGGGCGAGAUUUGUUUUCUUUCUAUUUCUUCUGUUUGGUUUUUUUUCCCAAGAACAAUAAAGACUUCUGAAAGGGAAUUGAUUGAUUCUCCAAUUGAUUCUCUAAUGGAUGCAUCAAUUCUACUGAGUGCUAAAUAGCUCGGUGGUCAUAUCAAAUAUGGCCAGUGUGCUGAACAACUGGAUUGGGUUUUCUAUGAUGGUAGAAUAAGCUAGUAGACUGGCACUUGUUCUUUUUUUAAAUGUUUGUUUUUUAAGAUGAUAUUUGUUUUAUUCUCAGACGAGCCGUAGCAUAGGAGGAAAUAUUUUGUUAAAUAAGAUAUAGCUGAUUAAUUCUUGUUACUCUAAUUUCACACAUUCCUUUGUUUUCUUGAUUUGUCAGAAGUGUAGUAACCAUUGCAUCUUCACUACAUGAAAUGUUAACACAAAUAUAAAACACAAAAAAUUGUUGAUAUGGUUUUUACAAAGAAUGACUGUAACAAAAUAUCCAUUUGGCCCCGCUUUAAAAGAAAAGAAAACUACAUGAUGCUUGCUUAGAGGUUUGCCUGUGUGAAGAUCAAAAUGAGUGCAUGUGUGUGUGUGUGUGUGUGUGUGUGUGUGUGUGUGUGUGUGUGUGUGUGUGUGUGUGUGUGUGUAUGUGUGUACGUAUGUAAACACAUGUACUCUUAUCUUUGCGUGUCUGUAUGCCUGAAUGAGCAAAGGGGGGGUUGCUGUAUUUUGUACAAUGUAAAUGCUUUCAUACAUAAAACUAUAAAUGAGGAGGAUUUUCUUUGGUGCAUUUUUUUCCACAUUCUGUCGCUGACACUCCAGACGUUCUUUCUAUAUUUCAUGUAUGAGAUGUUAAUCAUUGUAAGUUAAAGCAUCGCACCUCUGGUUCCUGCGGAGUUGGAACGGACACUAUUUAUAGUCAAAGCUUGGUUUAUAAAGGGCAUUUUCACAGCUAUAUUUUAUUAUUAUUAUUAUUGCCUGAUCGAUGAAUGCUAACCCAGCAAUGCUUUUCAGUUCAGCUACUGUACAUGCACGAGAUGAGAGCUCUAUCUGUAUAUAGGAGCAACAGCCUUCUGCAGCCCAUUUAAUGACCCUGCAGAGGAUCGUGUAAAUGUAUCUGUAUAUUAUAUAGCUAACACUGUUUGUUUAAAAAAAGCCUUAUAGUUGUUUUAAAAAAGUGCAGCAGCUAAGUACACACCAACCAUGAGGUUUGUUUGGGGACAGAGCUCCACAAUGUGACCGACCGCCCAUGGCUUAUGACCUUUCCCAGCUGCUCAAACAUCUAAUUUCCAGAGACAUAUGAAUCCGGACUGAAAAAACUCAGCAUAGCACUGAUAAUAUCAGAGUAUCAAAUAUAAUAGGCUGCAAACAGUCAUAUAAAAAAUGUUGUUUUGACCUAACUAAGCCUCUAUUGGCCUGGUCUGCCGGUCAUUUGAUCAAUUUUGAGCUCUGUCCCCUGCGAUGUGAGGCUCUGUGCCCUUCUAUGCAACUUACCAGGUGUACUGUUAGACCUGUCAUGUAGACUGUAAUCACUGCCUUUUAGACACUGUGAAUUUUUUGGUACCCUAUAUUUUUGUAUAUUGUACAUUAUAAAAAGGAUAAUAAACCUUGAUGCCAACAUAACAA